AUGUCUCUCUCCUGCGGGCUCUUUCGCCGUCGUUCAAAGACGGACGAGAAGCCGCCAAAGCCACGGCGGGCCCGCACCUUUUCCAUCUUCGACCCGAGUCUCGAUGCCCUCAAGCGAAUGAUCAAGAACGCCACAAUGAUCUCCCCGAUAAGGCUCGGCGAUGGCGAACCGACCCUUUCGCGCGUCAACACCCUGACCCGCGAGCAUUCCAUGACGCCCGAUAUGAUUACUAUUCUAGAGAGUGUAUACGACGAUCUACGAAAGGACGACCCUGAGUUAUCGAAAGAGGCAUUCAUCAAAUUCAUUAUGGAGAUUCAGGGCGAGGUCAUUGUCCAGCUGGAUAAGGAAACAUACACGUUGGGACAGUUUCUCUACGUCUUGGCACACGAGUAUCGUUGGGACGCCAUUCGGAAGCCGUCACAAAAGGACUACUCGAAACCCAUCACCAACUACUUCAUCAACAGCAGCCAUAAUACUUACAUCAGCGGCAACCAAUUGGCAUCCAAAACCUCUCCAGAGGCCUACAUGAAUGUCCUAAAGAGAGGCGGCCGUUGCAUCGAAAUCGACGUCUGGAACGGCGACGAUGUUCUGGUCAAUGGCAGAUCCAAAUCCCCAUCUGGCAACGGCCACUCGAGGGCCAUUUCUGGUAUUUCUGGAAGCUCUCUUCCCUAUGCGGCCGCUGCCGUAAUCGAAAAGAUGGAAGACAAGCUUGAAUCCGCCAAGGGCACUGCGAAAGGUUACCUCGGAAACUCCAGCGGCAACGGACGCUCAAGAAGCACCAGCACCCAUAGCAGAACCAUGACCGACGACACAUCGUCAAGAUCCAGCAACGUCUACCUUGCUCCGGUGGCCAAUGUCUCCAGCGAAAAGUUAGAGGUCCCCCGCCUGUCUAGGACUCGUCACUCUCUGCCUCCGGGAGAGCCCAUUGUCACCCACGGCUGGACAUUUACCACUCCGUGUGGCUUCCGCGAGGUGUGCGAAACGAUCCGGGAUCAUGCGUUUGCUCACGGCAACGACCUGCCCAUCAUCAUCAGCUUGGAGGUUCACGCGGAUCACAACCAGCAAGAGGUCAUGGCAAGAAUCAUGAUAGAGGUCUGGGGAGAUAUGCUUGUCCAACAGCCCUAUGAAGGCUGCGAUCCCAAGUUCAGAGUACCCACAUUGGACGACCUCCGGCGCAAAAUCAUGGUCAAAGUCAAGCGAGCAGUCGCCAAGAUCAACAACCAGCACGACGUCACGGCUUCCCUGCCCGUUUUGCAGACAGAAGACGACGGCUCGACCUCCGACGACGAGCACGCCCCCCCUCGUCUCCGCCCAGCCGCCUCUUCGCCGGCCGGAGCCCUACCCCAGCAGGAUGAGAACGGCAAGGUGACGAUAUGCAAGCCCUUGAGCGACCUCGCCGUCUACACCCGCAGCGAGCGGUUCAAGAGCCUCAGCACCCCUCAGGCGAAACAGCCCACCCACAUCUUCUCCAUCAGCGAGGACAGGAUUCUGGACCUGCACGAGAAGUUCCCGCGCGAGGUCUUCACGCACAACAAGAACUUCUUCAUGAGGGCCUUCCCGGCCGGCCGGAGGAUCAACAGCUCCAACCCGGACCCGAGCCUGUUUUGGCGCAGAGGCGUCCAGAUGGUGGCCAUGAACUGGCAGAACAUGGACGAGGGCAUGAUGCUCAACGAGGCCAUGUUUGCCGGCGAGGACGGCUGGGUCCUGAAGCCCGCGGCGUACCAGGGCGCCGACAAGGCCAGCGUCACGCUGGACCACGCUGCCAAGCACACGCUGGACCUCACCAUCACCUUCUUCGCCGGCCGCAACAUUCCGCCCGAGGAUGGCGAGGACACGAGCGCCCUCCGUCCCAUCAUCAAGGCCGAGCUGCAUAUUGGUGAGGACGACAAGGACGGCCAUGAGCACUCCUACAAGCAGCACACAAAGGCGGCCAAGUCAUCCAACCCCAUAUUCAUGUCCAACUCGCAUCACAAGAACGCCGGCGACAAGUUGCAGUUUCUCAACAUCCCCAUGGUGGUGGAGGAGUUGAGUUUCAUUCGGAUAGCUGCUGUUGAGCUACAUGUUGGACAAGUACGACGUGAUGCUUUGGGCGGCAGCUGGCAAAAUCGACCAAGUGGUCGGGGGAGAGCCUCUCUGAUUCCGGUCUCUAGGCUCGCGUCACAUCGUAUCUUUCCCCCCUUCCUGUUGCUGUCCAAAGCUCUCGUACUCAAAAUUGAGGACAACUCGCACACCGUUAGUUCACCGUGUCUCGCCUGGGCAUGCAUCCGCCUUGACCGGCUGCAGCGAGGCUACCGCUUCAUCCGCCUCUACGACAUGAAGGGCAACGAAAUCGUGGGCGGCAAGCUGCUUGUCAAGGUUGAAAAGGUGUUACGGUAA